AGACCCGGAAGUAGGCCGGUACUGCUGGGGCUUUGCUGUCGAGUCACCUCUGUCAAGCGGGAUGGAGGAAAAGGAGCCGCUAUCAUGCUGAUUAUUCCAGGAUCCCGACGGACUGAGCAUCAAUAACCGGGGACAGUGUGAUUUAAACUCAUUAUUUAUCUUUAAAUUACCGAAUUUGUCCCGUCACAGUUUGCCAAAAUGAUGGAAGAAAUCGACAGGUUCCAAGUGCCUCCUGUCAACGGAGAGACACAGCCUUUGGACCCAGCAGCAUCCUCUACUUUAGAGGUAGCGUCUGACCCUAAAGGAGAGAGCGUGGCCAUAAACUACAAGCCCUCCCCACUGCAGGUCCAGAUAGAGAAACAGAGGGACCUUGCCAGGAAGGCAUCGGUGAAGAAUGGCACGGUGGGAAGUCCUGUCAAUCAGCAACCCAAGAAGAACGCCAGGACAAGGUUGGUGGUGCCAAACAAAGGUUACUCCUCUUUAGACCAGAGCCCAGAUGAAAAGCCUCUGGUUGCGCUGGACACUGACAGUGAUGAUGACUUUGACAUGUCCAGAUACUCUUCAUCAGGAUACUCCUCAGCCGAGGUGAGAUGUCUGAGGGACCAGCAAAUCAACCAGGACCUGAACAUCCAGCUCCUGAAGGACGGGUACCGGCUUGAUGAGAUCCCAGAUGACGAGGACCUGGAUCUGAUCCCGCCUAAAGCAGUCAACCCCACUUGCAUGUGCUGCCAGGCUGCUCCCUCCGCAGCCUGUCAGAUCCAGUAGCUAUCCCAGUCCUCCUUCAUCCCCAAAUGUUCUUUUUGCCAGCUGCUGAACAAAAUGGCAUUGAGGAGGAAAAACUGUCAACUUGAAAACAGGCAAAGGCUAAACUAAGAGAAUGUGAAACUGAAUAUGUGCAGUACCUGUGCAUGUUCCUCCUAUGGCAGGAUCUGUGUGUCUUACGUCUGCAAUGUUGGUUCAGCAGGGAUGGAUUCAACUCAUGCCAGAGACCUUACCUCGAAGAAAACAAUGCUACUUUUGCUUCUCCAUCAUUUGAGUUUUAGCUCAUGCUUGGGGAGUUUUUGUUUUGCAUAAAUGAUUGUGCGACGUUGCAGAAGAGGAGAAUCGACAAGAAGGGAUGAGAAAGAAUCAGCCAAAUUACUUUUAGUCAUCAUUACUGUCAGUGGGCUGUCCAAGCACUCCACUUCCUCUCCUGGUGUAUAAUGUGCGAUCCAUUAUAAUGGACUAUAGUAAAUUAGCAGUUUCAAGGCCAUUUUAAUUCCAAUUCUCUCCUUUCUUUCAGCUAGUCUGCUUCCUCUUCCCUUGUAUAUGAUUGUCAGACUCGGAAAUGAUGUGUGUGAGUCCGGUCAUGCCCAGGAAAACAGUGCGAAUGAAACACUAGUGCUCACCCUCUCAACACUAAGCUGCCAGUCAGUCUGUUAUACUGAGAUUGUCCUGCUUAUAUCUGUUUUAUAUUUAGUUAUAAGAAGCUGAAAAAAAUGCAUGUUGCCUGUUAACACUGUGUCCUGAUGACAGAUGUGCGGAUAUUUAUUUUAACCUUCUGACCCGGAGCCAACCCCUUGUAUUGAAGAUACAUUGUGUGCUUUGUUAAAUGGAACAUCAGUCACAUUUAGGUUCACCUACUGCCAUUUUAAUAGAUGUAAGGAAAAAAAGCAGUAAGCUCCUGACUCUGUGUACGUUGUGUGUUUAUUCAUGGCACAGCACUAUCCCACACUGAAGCUUCCAUCAUAUACAUGACUGAGGAAACAAAUGAAGACAAAUGCUUAGAAUUGCAUGCUUUUAGUUUUGAUGUAAGGAAUAUCUUUGAAGUGAGGCCAAAUUAGUGUUAGUGUUAGUACCCCUGGUGAAGAAAAAGAAAAGAAAAGCAAUUUUGUGUUUAAAAAUAAUUCAACACUAAGGAACAAAUUUUUUAAAAUCACAACUGACACAAGUAAGGCCACCUGGAGCAUUUUCUAAUAAACAUUUAUCUCCAGUGGUCAUUGGGCAGGAGGUGGGUUACACCACAGAGACACCCAGGACAAACGACCAUGCAUGCAUACACUCACUCCUAAAGACACUUUAGAGAAACUAGUGCAUGCUUUUUGGACUGAAGUCAGAGAACCAGGAGAGAACCCUUAAACUCCUUGCAGAAAGACCCAAAAGGUGGCAUUCGUAUGCAGGACCUCCUUGAUACAACAUAGAUACAACAUUUCUCUUAACCUCUUUAAAAUGUGUAAAACAUGAAAACACGCAGUUCAAUUGAAGCAGAUUUGUGUUAAUUUUCAUAAGUCAAGAAACCGCUGUAAGAAAACAGCUUCUCGUCUAAAUCUGCUCAAUAUCUACAAUCAAAAGUGAAAAAGUGUCAAGAAACUUAAUUGGCAAUCUUUGACUUUGUGUUUCCCCUGGGGUAUAAAUCUGAUGCACCAAGUAACUCUUCAAAAUGUGAAAUAUAAGAAAACAUGCCAUUCCAUUGAUGCAGAUGUGGUAAUAUUCAAGAAAUUAGAUGUUAGAAAUUUCAGUAAAAUCUUAAAAGGCAACUGUUAGAGAACUGUAGCAAAAAGUGUCACCUUAGGGUCACAAAAUCUUAAACAUAAUUUAUUUUAAGACUUUAGUAAACAUCUUAACCAGGGAUGCCAAUAAUUGUGAAAAAUGUAUCUUAUGGACAAAACCUGUACAUGUAGCACCAGACCUCCACAGUUUCGGACUGCGACCAUCUCACUGUCUCUUGCAAAAUAUUCACCCUCAGAUUCCAGUCACGCUUAUAAAAAGUAGAUGGAAACAAAUUGAAGUAUGUGUAGACAUUGUAGUUAUAAUUUUAUUAAACUUUAGAAACUUUAAAACUGUUUCCACUUCCCUUAACUAUUCCAGUUUUGAAUUACUGUUAAUUGUGAGACUAUGUUUCUCAGUGAAAUCUCCAUUAGUCCAACCUAAGACAUGAUAAUAAUCCUGUUGUUUUUAGAGUUUUACAUUUUGAUACAAAAACUACAGAGAGCAGCAGGAAGAAAAGCAACAGUGAGGUCAUUGACUCACUGAAUAGAGAUAAUGUGUAAGUUAUGGCACUGUAUGUUUCUAGUGUAAAAAUAGAGAAAAUUGUAUUUUUUUUUCGUCACCUUUUUUUCUCCCACAGAUCUUGGUUUGAGUAAGCCAUCCUAAUGAUUGUUUUUCAGAUGUUGCAGGCAGAGGUAAUUUAAAGGACUGUUAGCUACAAAUGACAAAAAAGACGAGAGAGACAAAUGGUUUUUUGACAGCAGCCCCUUCUCUAGUAAAAAUGUUUAAAAUGCUUUACAAUAAUCUUUUAUUGCAGAAGUAAAAUCUCCCACAAAAAAAUGAAGCAGUUCUUAUAAGCAGUACUUACAUAAUUUUUAGGGAUGCACAACAUAUCUGUAUUAACUUCGGGGGGUUAGCUAUGUGAUAUUUGGUAGUUUUUUUCCAGUGCCAAAAGGGACUGGAAAUAUAUGUAAAAUACUUAAUAUUGGUUUUCUGCCAUAACAGAAAUAUUAACAUUGGAUAUCGAUAUCAGUCCAAAUUUUCAUGCCUGUGCAUCCCUAAUUAUUUAAGCUCCUGUACCUUCCUGCUUACUACACGUGGUGGCAAGGUGCACCUGGGACUACAUACAGCCUUGUUUGCCUCAGUCCCAGUUUUUUCAAACUCUGACUGGAGAUAUAGGCAAGAUGCUAUUUAAACACAUAUAUUUGCCUUUUUGAAAUGACAAGUUUCCUUGUCUUUCCCAUUUUAAAGAAGGAUAUGGGCCUCUCUGGCUUCUACUUAUACAGUAGGGAAACAGAAGGUCAUGGAUACCUAGGAAAUUAUCAACUUAAAGGAAAAAGUACAUUCAUUAUUUCUUUUCAUGCAAUAUAAUCCACUGAAUAAAUGUACUCAUGUUAAAAAUAGGAUUUGUAAGGUUUUUUUUCAGUCUGAUAUUAUACUUCUGCAAUAAAACAAUUUUAAGGCUCUUUACAAAUAAAGGGUGUGGGGGGGCUUUAUGUGCACUAGUUUCCCAUCAAGAUCAUAAUUUUACUGGAUUUGCAUACACGUCAUGAAAGCUAUCCCCUGCUGAGUGCUAUUCUCAAAAGCCAGUGAGUAUUGCACUAACUGCUUAAGUUUAGUAUGAGUUGUAACACAAGCUCUUUACAGGCAGUUGUGUGUUUUUCCUUUAUUUUCACCUGUGGAAAUUCAUUUCUGUAGAAGCAGGCGCUUUUUCAUCUGUCAGAUACUUGUCAUGAUGAUUGUGAACUGGCACCAUUUAGAUUUGAAUAGUGUUACAGUUCUGUGUAUAGUGCAACAUGUCAAAAAAUAAAUAAUGGAUAUCUCAA